AAAAGCGCCACAUCCCCCUCCAACGCUACUGCAAAACUCGCAAACCCUCUCCCCCUCCCCUGCUCCUCCUCCCUCCUCCGCCUCCGGCGGCUCUCGAGCUCAAAGCUUCCGGCUUUCCGGCGCCGCCUCAACCGCCCUCCCCUUUCCGUCCGACCCUUUUGAUCCCGGUUACUUUCAUGGCCUCUUUAAUCUGCUCGCCCUUGAAGUCUUCUCUCUCCUGCGGCUCCUCCGUCCGGUUCCCCUGUUUCUCCUCCAGCGAGCCCGCCUCUCGCUUGCUGGUCCACAAUGGCAUCAGGUGUAAUUUGGUGGAACCGCUGAAGCUCCAUAAUGGCAAACCCUGCCUUCCGGUCAUCAACAACGAGGGCUCGCUACCGAGUUUUUUGACUUCGACGCAUCCCCAAAACUCGAUCAACAAGAAUGACACACGGCUCCGGAUAUUUUCCGGCACUGCGAACCCUGCUCUUUCUCAGGAAAUAGCUUGCUAUAUGGGUUUAGAGCUGGGAAAGAUAAAGAUAAAGCGAUUUGCUGAUGGAGAAAUCUACGUUCAAUUGCAAGAGAGCGUCAGAGGAUGUGAUGUGUUUCUAGUGCAGCCUACUUGUCCUCCUGCCAAUGAGAAUCUCAUGGAGCUUCUGAUAAUGAUUGAUGCUUGUCGGAGGGCAUCAGCAAAGAACAUUACUGCAGUGAUUCCUUACUUUGGAUAUGCAAGGGCUGAUAGAAAGACUCAAGGGCGCGAAUCCAUUGCGGCAAAGCUUGUUGCAAAUUUGAUUACGGAAGCAGGUGCAAAUCGUGUUUUGGCUUGUGAUCUGCAUUCUGGCCAAUCCAUGGGCUAUUUUGAUAUCCCAGUGGAUCAUGUGUAUGGUCAGCCUGUCAUUCUUGAUUAUCUUGCCAGUAAGACCAUCUGCUCAGAUGAUUUGGUUGUGGUCUCGCCUGACGUUGGUGGAGUAGCUAGAGCUCGUGCCUUUGCAAAAAAAUUAUCUGAUGCACCGCUUGCCAUUGUGGAUAAAAGGCGUCAAGCUCAUAAUGUUGCAGAGGUGAUGAAUUUGAUUGGUGAUGUCAAGGGGAAGGUGGCAGUUAUGGUGGAUGACAUGAUAGAUACAGCAGGGACUAUUGCCAAAGGCGCAGCUCUGUUGCAUCAAGAGGGAGCCAGAGAAGUUUAUGCAUGCACUACGCAUGCUGUUUUCAGUCCUCCAGCAAUUGAGAGAUUGUCAAGUGGUUUAUUUCAAGAAGUGAUCAUAACCAACACCAUCCCAGUGUCUGAACAGAACUAUUUUCCUCAGUUGACAGUAUUGUCUGUGGCAAACCUUUUGGGGGAGACAAUAUGGCGUGUUCAUGAUGACUGCUCCGGUGGCUAUGAACCCUAUUCCAGCUUGGGCAUUGAUUGAUCAUAUUUCAUCAGUGGUCGUCUUAUUUCAAGCUUCAUUACUGCCAUUUAUUACCAUCUUCAAACUGGAUAAUGUGGGACAAGACAAAACUAGGAUUGCUAAGCUGUUCUACUGCGAAAUCAAUUGAUUUUUAAGUUGUAAUAGGGAAAUCUAUGGUAUUUUGGGGUGGUUGGUAAGCGUCAAUUUUGGUUAGAUGAGAUCUGAUCUCGUGGAUUUUGCGGAGAGCUCAUAUGCUCUUAUCUAGUACAUAUAGUUGGCAUGUACUGACUCAAAUAUGUAACACGAUGACUGAGAUGUAAUUCUUCUAUAUUUAAGUGUAUGUUGAAUGGAUCUGAGAACUGCUUGUUUGUUGAAAUGUUCAGUUCCUCUCAGACA